AUGAUCGCUUACAUUGUCAACUCGCUUUGCCGUCAAAAAUGGGAUCGCAUGGCCUACGAAAAUGGAACACCCUUCACCUUCAACAGCGAGUACAUGGCCCGACGAUUUGUCGGUUUGCAAAAUGAGGAAACCACAGCCUACAUUGCAAAGCAUUUGUCGUCCAUGUGCCAAGAGACUCUUGGAUGUGUUCUCGACUAUCCAGUAAUGAAAGGUCAAUCUGUUGAGAACAAGGCCAUUGUGAUGUUGUAUUCCAAAACUGACGAAGGCGCGAAUUUCGACGAGAACGAACCAGCGGCUUUCAAUGUUGCGUUCUCCUGGGAGCUGAGUGAUGGCACUCCUUGUAUUCAUUAUGGUCUCUUUAUUGUUACACCAUCCCACCAACGAAAGGGAAUCCAAGGUCCAUUGGGAUUCUUGAAUCUCUAUAUGCUACUUCGCAACAUUGAGGCAUCCACUGUUUGGAUGACUGAUCUGGGUCGCUCUCCCAGUGGCUCACGCCACUUUAUCAACUUCAUGUCCGAGGUCUAUCCGCGACCACCAUCUUCCAAAGCAGAGGAGAAGGCAGCCUUGUCGGACGACGAGGAAAGCCAAUACGAGGCACAACUGCGGGUUGCUCGAGAGUUCCAUGCACGCUUCCAAAAGGAUGCAGGCAUGUCUGCCAACAGCGUCCUGGAUGGAAUGGUGAUCAAAGGGAGUAACCUUGAAGGAGGUGCUACAGCUUUGGUAGAUGUCAAUGGAUCCACACGAUCUCGCAGUAAGGCAUACAAUGACUGGAUAGACAAACUAUGUCCUUCUCCAGCAGAUGAACUGCUUAUGGUGGGGCAGUUCCUGCCCGGUCAGUUUGUGUACCGUCAAGUGUUUCAAAAGAACUUCCCUUGGUUGGUUCCAUCCGCAACCACAACUUCCGAUAGCAAGGAGCAAGCCUCCAGCUAG